AUGGCCAUUCACUCUAACCUCAUUUCCCUUCUCUUCCUCGCAACAGCAAUCACCAUCCUCACCAUCUCUCCACCCACAUCGGCCGCAACUCGGCGGCCGCAGUUCAACGUGGUCCGAUUCGGGGCCAGACCGGACGGUCGAACCGACUCCACCAGGGCCUUCCUGACCGCGUGGACCCGGGCCUGCGGUUCAAGGGUUCGGGUCAUAAUGCUGGUUCCCAAAGGACGGUUUCUGGUCCGAAACAUGCAGUUCACCGGUCCAUGCAAGAACCGGUCCAUCUUCGUUCGCAUCCUUGGCACCAUUGUCGCUCCAAACAACAUAUGGACCACCGGGAACAGCCCGCACUGGAUCGAGUUCCACCGGGUCGACGGCGUCACCAUCUCCGGCGGCGUCCUCGACGGCAAGGGCGCCGCCUUGUGGGCUUGCAAGAAGGCCGGCCGGAGCUGCCCCAACGGUGCUACGGUACGUGUUAUAACUUUUGAACCUAACUCCGCCGCUGACUAUAUGGGAAUGCAGACGUUGAGCAUAUCAAACUCCCAGAACGUGGUGGUGAGUAGGCUGACGUCGCUAAACAGCCACAUGUUCCACAUGGUCAUCAACUUCUGCCACAACGUGAAGCUGCAAGGCGUCAGGAUCUCCGCUCCGGGGAACUCCCCAAACACCGACGGAAUCCACGUCCAGUUCUCCACCGCCGUCAGCAUCGUCAGCUCCAAGAUCGCCACGGGCGACGACUGCGUCUCCAUCGGCCCCGGCACCGCCAACAUGUUGGUGGACAAAGUCACAUGUGGGCCCGGCCACGGCAUCAGCAUUGGGAGCUUGGGGAAGGAUGUGAACGAGCAAGGAGUGCAAAACGUGACGGUUAGGUCGACCACAUUCGUCGGCACGACAAACGGUUUCAGAAUCAAGGCCUGGGGGAAGCCCAGCAAUGGGUUCGCCAGAAACAUUCUCUUCCAGCAUGCCACCAUGUACAACGUGCAGAAUCCCAUCUUCAUCGACCAGCGUUACUGCCCCGACAGAAACUGUGCCGAUCAGGGGUCGGGGGUACGAGUGAGCGACGUGACGUACCAGAACAUCCGGGGAACGUCGGCGACCCAAGUGGCGGUGAACUUCGACUGCAGCAACAGGUCGCCCUGCCGUGGGAUCCGACUGAACAACGUCAGGCUGACGUACAGGAAUCGAGCGGCGGUUGCGUCGUGUAGAAAUGCCGGCGGAACUGCCUACGGCUUCGUCCAGCCCAGGAGCUGCCUGUAG